AUGCAGCUUACCAGCAUCUUCGCUAUCUUCGCUCUCACCGCCGUCGGCGUUGUAGCUGCUCCCAACAGGCCCGCGCCCCCAGCCAAGCCAGCACCACCCCCAAAGCCCGCUCCCCCGGUCAUCAACAACCAAGCGAACACCUGCUCCUCCGGAUCUCCCUACUGCUGCUCUCCCACCGUUGGAGAUGUUAAGUCUGGUGGAACAUCCAGCGGAACAACCUGCAAGCUGGCGACUACUCAAUGCCAGUCGGUCAGCAUCUGCUGCAACAACGCCCAGAACGGCGGCGGCACUGCCUCCCUCCAGCAGCCCGUACUGUUUGUUUAA